UGAAGGUGUGGUUUAUGCCUCUGAAGUAUUUAUGAUCUGUUGUAACUUCCCUACUGAAAGCAAAACUAGUCACUCAGUGCUUCACUACACACAAAGACAGCCCAUUUUGCAGAGGUAAGGUACAGCGAAACAAAACUAACUGCAUAAUCUUUCUGGGCUUGAGGCAGGAAGUUUUAUAUUUAUGGUUACAUUAAUUCAAGCUUUGAAGACUGAAAAGUAUUUGGAAUACAAAGAAAAGCUGGCUGUCUCUCACAUACUACCUGAGGGAAGAAAACAAUGACCGAACACCUGAUGAAAAUACUGAUUGUUGGUGAUGUCCAUGUCGGGAAGACUGCUUUUAUUCAUCGCUAUGUCGACGGGCAGUUCAACAGCAUGUACAAGGCAACAGUUGGAGUGGAUUUUUCUGUGAAAGUGCUGGACUGGUCGGAUAAAGAAAAAGUCAAAUUGCACUUGUGGGAUAUCGCAGGCCAGGAGCGUUUCGGAUCCAUGACCAGGGUUUAUUACAAAGGUGCACUGGGCUGUGUUGUGAUGUUUGACGUCACCAAUUCAUCCAGCUUCCUCAAGUGUCUCCAUUGGAAACGGGACGUGGAUAAGAAGGUCAUGCUGCCCAAUGGAGGCCCUAUCCCCUGUAUCCUGCUGGCCAACAAGUGUGAUCUGUCCCAGCGAGCUGUGUCAGCAGAAAGCAUCGACACAUUCGGUAAGGACAACGGCUUCAUAACUUGGAUGGAGACUUCAGUCAAAGAGAACAAGAAUGUUGGAGAAGCUAUGAGGAGGUUGGUGGAGAAGAUUCUGUCAGUUCAGUCUGGUCUGGACCCACUGGAGCCCAGAUCUGGAGACACUGUUAAUCUUCAACAGAACUCGGAGCUCAACACAGAAAGGAAAUGCUGCUGAAACUCUGCAUGAAAAACCACAGCACAAAAAUAAGCAUUUUCAGCAGUUUUACGUCAAAGAAGAAAACAAGCGACACAAGUUUUCACAGUGCUGUGGCUGUUCUUUGCUGUGCUGUUAUCAUGUAUAUCAUGGAAAUUGCUGUUAAUCAUGUAGUGAUUUAAAGUCAGAAUUAAAUCACCAAAGCAAUAUUUGCCGCACUGAAUUGAACACCAACCCCUUGCAUGUGCAAGACGUUGCAAUUUACAACAUGACCACCAGAUGUCAGACAAACACAGUAGACACGGUGCUGAAU